AUGGGAUGGGAUGAGCUCGUCAACCUGGACUUUGACGCCCGCGUCCCGAUCCCCUUCAGCGUCUUCCCAUCGUCGUACCGGAGCGACGAGGUAGCAGCUGCCGCCGCCGCCGCCGCAGGAACCGCCGCCAGCAACACCACCCAGACGCACGUCGAGGGUGAAGUGAAGCUUCCAGGACACGCCCACGGUCAAGAGCAGCGCCACGGACGGGAGAGCCAUCUCGAAGCUUUCGCUCAGCAAGAGGUCCGCCUGCCUGCGCGCGACGAGCAGUACCAGGAGGACGUCUACAUCCACCACGAGGAGGAGCAGAAGAGGAGGAAGCAGCAGCAGCAGCAGCAGCAGCAGGGACAUCCGCAGAUCCAGCAAAACCACCGGUCCAGCCACCGAGAAGAGACUACGUACCUCCAGGAAGAACGCAGACCAGUAACCACCAAACACACCACCACCCACAUUGACAUCGAGCUCCCACACCGUCCGCACUUCCGCCGACAACACAACCAGCACACCCACGAUACCACCGUCCAUAUCGAGGGCCCGCAACCUCAACGUCGCCGCUACCAAGGGACCGAGAUCGACAUCGCCGAGCGUGCGUACCGUGCCCGCUACCAGCCAAGCUACCGUGAGGACGAACGUGUCAACGUUACCACCGUAGACCCUCCCCCUUUUCAACCAGGCUCCUCCUAUCAACAGGAGAUUCGUGUCAGCGGUUCCACGGUUGACCCUCCACGCUUCCAAGCCCAACCACCACUCCACACACAGACGCGCGUCUCCCAAGAGACCGUAGACCCUCCCCGUUACACGCAACCCACUCGCACUUCCCAAGUCGAGUUCACCCAAGAGACUGUGGACCCUCCCCGCUUCAUUGAGCCCGCUCGUCGUUCCCACGUCGAGUUUACCCAAGAGACAGUCGACCCUCCACGCCCCGUUGCACCUCCUCGCCAUUCUCACGUCGAGUUCACCGAAGAGACCGUAGACAUCCCCCGUACCAAAUCGAAGAAGAUGGGUUACUACGACGACGAAGGUAGCAGCCGUGCCGGCCCAGCUCCCGUCCACGCCCCUGAGCCCGCCUACAGCUCCAACACCGUCUCCAUCCCCUGCCACCACAUCCGCCUCGGGGACCUCUUGAUCCUCCAAGGUCGUCCUUGCCAAGUCAUCCGCAUCACCACCUCCUCUGCCACCGGCCAGCACAGAUACCUCGGUGUUGACCUCUUCACCAAGCAACUGCAUGAGGAGUCGUCCUUCAUCGCCAACCCCAGCCCAAGUGUUGUCGUUCAGACGAUGCUCGGCCCAGUCUUCAAGCAAUACCGCGUCCUUGAUCUCCAAGACGGUGUUGUCGUUGCCAUGACCGAGACCGGCGAUGUCAAGCAAUCCCUCCCCGUCAUUGACCAGUCUAACCUCUGGCAACGUCUCAGCGAGGCCUUUGAGACCGGCCGUGGCUCCGUCCGCGUGCUUGUCAUCUCUGACCGGGGUCGCGAGCUUGCCGUUGACAUGAAGACCAUCCACGGCUCCCGCCUGUGA